GUUGACUACAUUUUGCUUCGCUUGUGGUUAACCGGUUGCAGGUACGGGCGUUAAUUGCGUGCACAACGGGCAACUGUACCACCGUAAAUGCUUGGUGGAGAACAAAACCGACGGUUGCAAAAUUUGCUCCAGUGACAUAGCAGCAGUUCCACUUCCCAAAAAGCCGUCACAUAGUAGUAACAUACGUGAGUUGGAAUCAAGUAAUUUAGUUUCAGCUAUGCGCCGUACACCAUCUCCGAAUAUAACGACAUCAUUUACCCCAUCUACUUCUCCGGCGUACGAAGACACUUCGGAUGGUUGUGACGCGGUACCCUGUUGCAGCAAUGUAUAUGUGUCACAUAGUACGGACAACGCACCCGCUAUGCCUAUACGCUUACCAAAUGAGACGAACACCUCGGCGGAGCUGCAGCCUAUCUGCAAACCUGCGUUUGAUGUAGAUCUGGAUUCCACUGCAAAUGAACCCUUUGCUGGAAAGACACCUGUUUUAAGAAGCACUUUCAUGAUCUGCUUGCCAGACAGUAAGUUCUUUGCCAUUGUCAUUAAACCACUGCAGCCGAUGAUUACGACUUUGCCUAACUGCUUAAAGGCCAGCCUGUGAGAAC